UGCAGAUGCUCUACUAAUUUUCUUUAGGCCUUUGUAUGUGAUAAAUUAGAUUUAAAAUAAUUUGUGAGAUCAUGUCUGGAGGACAUAGUUGCUGUGGUGGAGGGGAUCAUGAGCCAGGCUGUUCCCUCAAUCCUGCUAAUGAUCGUUCUGCUGAGUUUAGUCUCUACACUAAAAUUAACUGGACUGAAUUCUGCACACUAAAUGAAGCUGUCAAAGGAACUGGCCAAAAAGUUUUUAAGUCUUGGGAGGAUCGGUUGUCAGAAGAAUACGUGGAGAGUGAUGUGGAUGGUGACCUCAUAUUCAAUAUCCCUUUUACUGGUGAAGUUAAACUGAUGGGCAUCAUUAUUGUUGGAGGACCUGGAGAAAUACACCCUACCAAAGUCAGACUGUUUAAAGGAAAUUACCGCGGUUUUGAUGAGGUUCAGGGAGAAGCUGACCAAGAAAUCGAACUUCAUCCUGACAGUAAGGGAGUAAAGGAAUACAGCAUCAAAACAACGCGGUUCAACAGCGUCUCGUACUUGUGCCUUCACUUUCCCGGCAACUACGGAGACGUUGACAACACGCGCAUCUCCUACAUUGGUCUCCGGGGAGACUUCAAGAAAAUCAACCGCGACGCUAUUGCUAUAACAAAUUACGAACUUAGGCCCAGUCUAGCUGAUCAUAAAAACGCCCUGGACGAAGGAAUGAGACAUGUGUUAUGAGCUAGAGUAUCCACAAGCUAUGGAAUUAUUUACGCAGAGCCGGAUCAUUGGAAAGGCGACGUGCUUACGGGCAUAUAUUUAUUCUGUCCUUGAUGAACAUGGGCCUCAUUGUUUCUUCUAUACAUGCGAGCCAAUUUUCUGUACUGUGGCUGAUCCUGAUUAGUCGCGGAACUGGCUCGAGGACCGCGUUUUAGUAAUGCCACUUCGCUUAUUAGGUUUUAUCAUUUUGAUAUAAAAAAAAUACAUUUUCAAUCAUA